AUGGAGCUCCUGGGAACAACCACUGUUUUCUUGCUAGUCUGCAUCUCAUGCAUGCUUCUCUUUGCCACAUGGAGAAGCAUGUCACAAAACCAGAAGCUGCCUCCUGGUCCCACUGCAAUUCCCAUUGUUGGAAACAUACUCCAGCUGAACCCAUGGAACUUGCCUCAAAGCUUGAAGAAGCUCAGCGAGAAGUAUGGUCCCGUCUUCACAGUACAUUUAGGCCCACAAAAGGUUGUGGUGCUCUAUGGCUAUGAUGUUGUGAAAGAAGCUCUGAUCGAUCAGGCAGAUGACUUCAGUGGAAGAGGCGUUCUACCACUGUUGAAAAGAUUCUUCCGAGGCACAGGCAUUGUGACCAGCAAUGGGGAGACUUGGAGGCAGCUCCGGCGGUUUACACUCACCACCCUGCGGGAUUUUGGGAUGGGGAAGAAGGGCAUUGAGGAACGAAUCCAGGAGGAAGCUCAGUUUCUGGUGGAGAGGAUCAGGAACACACAAGAGCAACCCUUCAAUCCUAGCAACUUCCUAAUCCAUGCUGUGUCCAACAUCAUCUGCUCCAUUGUCUUUGGGGAUCGAUUUGACUAUGAGGAUAAGAAAUUUCUAACUUUAAUUGAACUGCUAGAGGAAAACAAUAAGUACCAGAACUCUCUGCAAAUACAGGUGUGUAUGUACAAUUUCCUUCCAACUAUCAUGGAUUUUUUGCCUGGGCCUCAUCAAAAAAUGAUACAAAAUAUUGGAAAAGUUGAUGAAUUUAUUUCAGAAAUCAUAAAGGAACACCAGAAGACCCUGGAUCCUACUUAUCCUCGAGAUUUUAUUGAUGCGUUUCUUAACAAAAUGGAACAGGAGAAAAGGAAUGCUCACUCACAUUUCACCAUUGAGGCCUUGAGCAGAUCCACAAUUGACUUGUUCCUUGCAGGAACAGGGACUACCAGCAACACACUGAUAUAUGGACUUCUGAUUCUCCAGAAAUACCCAGAGAUAGCAGAGAAGGUUCAAAAGGAGAUUGAUUCUGUGAUUGGCCGAGACCGAAGCCCCUGCAUGGCAGAUCGGAGCCAGAUGCCCUACACAGAUGCUGUCAUCCAUGAAAUCCAGAGAUUCAUUGAUUUCCUACCAUUUAACGUUCCACACGCUGUCAUCAGAGACACCAAGUUCAGAGACUAUUUUAUCCCCAAGGACACUAUGAUAUUCCCUAUGCUGACUUCCGUUUUACACGACAGCAAGGAAUUUCCAAAUCCAGAAAAAUUUGACCCAGGACACUUCCUGAAUGCAAAUGGCACCUUUAAAAAGAGUGACUACUUCAUGCCAUUCUCUGCAGGAAAACGCGUCUGUGCAGGAGAAGGUCUGGCCCGGAUGGAAAUAUUCCUAUUUUUAACAGCCAUCCUGCAGAACUUUACUUUGAAACCUGUUUUGGACUGCAAGGACAUCGACAUUUUCCCAGUGGCCACCACUCUAGCAAAUAUACCCCAACCUUAUAAGGUCUCCUUUCUUCCACGUUAG